UCUCUGCAACAAAAAUGGCCGAUCAACAACCCAACUACGGCCGUCAACAAAGGCCACCAACUCGUUCCUCCGGCUUCAACAGCAACAUGACUACCCCUUCAUUCCUCCGCAAAUUGCAAGAACACGUCCCUAAUUCCACCCAACUCGUCGGAUUUCUAACCCUAAUUAUCUCCGGCGGAAUCUUACUCCUUCUCACCGGACUCACACUUACCGCAAUUAUUUUAGGUUUAAUCUUCUUCACUCCUUUGGUUCUAAUCUCAAGCCCAAUUUGGGUCCCUGUGGGUACUGUUCUGUUUAUUGCCAUUGCCGGAUUUUUAUCUGUUUGUGGAUUUGGGGUUGCCACGCUGGCGUCUCUCUCUUGGUUAUAUAGAUACAUUAGGGGAUUACACCCGCCCGGUUCGGACCGGGUUGAUUACGCCAGAAGCCGAAUUGCUGAUACGGCUAGCCAUGUGAAGGAUUACGCUAGGGAAUACGGCGGGUACCUUCAUAAUAAAGUGAAGGAUGCAGCUCCUGGUGCUUGAGCUCAAUCGAGCCGUUUCUAU